AUGGAAGAUAUAAUACCUACUUUGAUAAUCAUAGGAGCCAUUUAUCUCUUGGUAAGAUGGUUUACCGGAUCAAAAACGAAUGAUUCGGGAGGAGGUAUUAGGGGUGUCACACGACCUAUGGUUGACACGGUGCACGGAGCAUUCCCUCAUAUCCCAAUACCGAAUAUCAUUUAUUCGUUAUCUAGAACUAGGAGUGCUCAAGCUACUUCUGAGGAAAUACUCGAACGAGGAACAUUACCUGCUCCCCCACCGAACUUCUCAAUUCCAGCUUCUCUCCUUCCUGAAAUCGCAAUUACCACACCGACAGCAGGUAACACACCUCAAACAGCUAAUACCAACAGCAAAUCAUCAUUCAAAAAUACAUCUUUGAUCGAUCGAUAUAAUUUAUCGUCGAGAAUCCCUUCACAUAAAGGUAAAGAGAGAGAGAUCGAGCCUGAUUCACCAACUCCCACGGCAUCAGGAACUUCAACGCCGUCAAGUGAUGUUGGAAGUAAAUCAGAAGAGGACAAGAUGAGAUGGGAAGAUACGAAGGAAAAAAGAGAAUUGACUUUGAAGGAAAGGAAAGAGAAAAUGAUCUUGGAAGCUAGAAGACGGUUGUUGGAGAAACAAGCUCAAUCCACAGCUUGA